GUAUUAUGCAUGAAUUGCAUUGCUUUCCUCUGCUCCCUGUGGCUUUGCAGGUUCCUUGUCUUCGGCAUCCCAGGAGCAGUACCAUUCACUUGUGUCCGUACAAGGCGAACUGCAUUCCUGUUGUCAGUGCACCUAUGUGACUAAGGAGAAGGGAAACAUGCAAAGACACCUUUGUAAACAUACGGGCGAGCGUCCCUUCCAGUGCCACCUGUGUCCAGCUGCAUUCUCUCAGAACUCUAACCUCACAAGGCACAUUCGCACCCACACAGGAGAGCGUCCCUUUUCCUGUGGAAACUGCAGUGCAUCCUUUUCGCAUAAACGGAGCCUCAACGACCACAUGCGCACCCACACGGGGGAGCGCCCCUUUUCCUGUGACAACUGCAGUGCAUCCUUUUCGCGGAAACAUCACCUCAACGACCACAUGCGCACCCACACGGGGGAAUGCCCCUUUUCCUGUGUCCACUGCAGUGCAUCCAUUACGCAUGAAAACAGCCUCACCCGCCACAUGGGUUCCUUGUCUUCGUCAUCCCAGCAGCAGUACCAUUCACUCGUGUCUUUUCAAGUUGGACUGCAUUCCUGCUGGCAGUGCACCUAUGUGACCAAGAAGAGUGGACACAUGCAAAGACACCUUUGUAAACAUACGGGCGAGCGCCCCUUCCAGUGCCACCUGUGUCCAGCUGCAUUCUCUCAGAACUCGGAUCUCACAGGGCACAUUCGCACCCACACAGGAGAGCGUCCCUUUUCGUGUGACACCUGCAGUGCAUCUUUUUCAUGUCAAAAGAACCUCGUGAAGCACAUGCGCACCCACACGGGGGAGCGCCCGUUUUCCUGUUCCUUGUCUUCGGCAUCCCAGGAGCAGUACGAUUCACUCGUGUCCUUUCAAGGUGGACUGCAUUCCUGUCGUCAGUGCACCUAUGUCACCAUGGUUCCUUGUCUUCGGCAUCCCAGCAGCAGUACUAUUUACUCGUGUUCUUUCAAGGUGGAUUGCAUUCCUGCCGGCAGUGCACCUAUGAGACCAAGAACAGUGGACACAUGCAAAGACACCUUUGUAAACAUACGGGCGAGCGCCCAUUCCAGUGCCACCUGUGUCUAG